AUGGAACAUGAUUCGAGAAUUCAGUCUCAAAGAGCUCGCAGAGAUUCUUUGAUGCAGCGGAACAUGCUAUUGAGCAUGCGUCUGAAUCAUAACAACGCCGGACACAUUCCUUCUAAAGCAAAGGCUACGUUACGUACAAAAGCUCCCAUGGGUAAGACUUGGAGAGCCACAAAUUCACCACAGAGGCUUAUGUCGAUGAAAAAUUCGUCUCAAGGUAGUGGAUGGAACUAUCAACGAUCUACAGAUAAGAAUAGUCACGAUACGGAGAAUGCUAGAGUUCUCUCACCACAUAGAGCCCAGCACCCUCAAAUAAGAGCUUCUCCGAAAAGGGGGAUAAGGCCAAGCUUAUCGCCCAUAAAGGCCAAGUCAAUGUCGCUGGAUGAUUUUGACAUCGGCAAAAAAUUGGGAAAGGGAAAAUUCGGGAGAGUGUAUUGCGUCAGGCACAAGAAAACAGGAUUUAUUUGUGCUUUGAAGGCAAUGGAGAAAAGCGAGAUUGUGCACUAUAAUGUACAGAAACAAAUCAGAAGAGAAGUUGAAAUCCAGAGCUCCUUAAAUCACCCAAAUUUGACUAAGCUGUACGGUUUCUUUCAUGAUGAGAAACGUGUCUACCUUGUGAUGGAAUACUUGAUAAAUGGGGAAUUAUACAAACGACUCAAAUCUCAUGGCCCUUUGAACGAUAUCUUAGCUUCAUUUUAUGUUUAUCAAAUGGCAGACGCAUUAGAUUUCAUGCACCAGAGAAAUAUUAUACAUCGUGAUAUCAAACCAGAAAAUAUCCUCAUUGGCUUCAAUAAUGUAAUAAAGCUCACGGACUUUGGAUGGAGUGUGAACAACCCGCACAAUGUGAAGAGAAAAACUUUAUGUGGAACUAUAGAUUAUCUGUCACCAGAAUUAAUUUGCUCCAGAGAGUACGACGAUAAAGUAGAUAUCUGGGCUCUUGGCGUUUUAACCUACGAACUCAUUACUAACUCACCACCUUUUGAAGAAGAUUCUGAUGCUCUUACUCAUAAAAGAAUUGUCAAAGGAGAUUUAAGAUUCCCAGAAAGUGUUUCUUCAGACGCAAGAGAUUUGAUACUUAAAUUGUUAAAACACAAACCUCAAGAUAGAAUUUUGUUGAAAGAUGUCAAAAAACACCCGUGGAUAUUGAAAAACAGGCCAUUUUGGUAA